AUGCCAGCCUUUCAUGCCGCUGACAAUCUUACUGAAAAGCUGGAGAGAGCUCUGGGCACUACCACUCCCCUGUUGAAGGAGAUCUUCUUUGACUUUGCACCCUUCCUCUCCAAAACCCUUAUUGGCUCACACGGUCAGGAACUGUUUGCCGGUGGGCUGACUGCGCUUCGUCAAGCCUCUGUUGCCGUCGAGCUGGUCAUGUUGCUCUGUUCACAGGAAUGGCAGAAUUCCCUCCAGAAACACGCCGGCUUGGCAUUUAUCGAGUUAGUUAAUGAAGGUCGUCUCCUUGCCCACGCAACCCGGGACCACAUCCUUCGAGUUGCCCAGGAGGCUGACUUCAUCCUCAGCCGUCUGCGCACCCUGGACCUUCGACGUCAUGCCGAUUUCAGACUGAUGUCUACCAGACGCCAGUCCGCGCGUGUAGGCGCGGAGAAACGUGUGGGUCAGGUGCUGGCAGCCGGGUGUCAUCACGAU